AUGGCGUCUGCCGGCACGAAUUCCGUCUUAUACAUAUACGGUGCUUCAGAAAACACGGAUCAAGAAACCAUUGAGAAUUAUUUUGAAAACAAGAGACGGUCUGGCGGUGGAGAAAUAUCAAAGAUUGAGAGAAUUGGGAACAAAUACCGGAUAAGUUAUGAAGACGACAGUGUAAUACCAACUGUCCUCGGACGUACUCAUAUAAUCAAUGGCGCCAAGCUAACUGUGAAACAAUCUGCAGAUGAAGAAAAUGAAUGCACAAGAUUAUUGGUUGAGUCAAUCCCUCCAAAUACAUCUUAUGAUGCAUUGUUGUACUUCAUGGAAAGUGUUACAGGUGAUAUAGGAGUUGACAGAAUGUAUUACAAGGCCAAUAACGGAAAAGCGUUAGUCAUGUUUGAGGAAAACAUAGACUUCGACACCACUGAAAUGAACACAAGGAAAAAAAGUAUUAACCAACGGAAAGUGAAAAUCUCACCUACGGGUGUUACAGACUGUGUAUUGGUAACUGGGCUGCCCUCAAAUAUAACGAGUGAUACAUUAGAGUUAUACUUUGAAAACAAGAGAAAAAGUGGCGGCGGUGAUGUGGACCAUGUGACUAUCAAAGGGACUUCUGCUUUGGUUUAUUUUAGUGACCCUACAGUGGUUGACUCCGUAUUGAAACAUGACCAAUGUAUUUGUAGAACGAACAUCACGGUCUAUCCAUUUUAUGAUGUCCUUGGGACUUUGGAAUUGGAUGAUAAUAAUGACAGUGAUGAUGGUAAAAACGUAGACACGCCAUAUCAUCCCACAUUUAAGACAGACAGACCUAUCCCACCUUUGGUUUACUCAAAUCAGGCGUUGAAAAUACCAGUCAACAAACAUAUAAUGAAAUUCAUUAUCAGCCAUGAUAAAUACCCAACAGAAGUUAGAAAUAAUUUGCAAAACGUUUCAGACAUCAUGUGGCAGAUUUCUCAGGCCGAGUGUCAUAUAAAAUCACAAAAUAAGCUUCAAGACCAAACAACAUAUGAGCAAUGGAGAUAUAUCAAUGAAAAGAAGUUUUCGGAAUUUGUUGCUGAGUUUGAUAUGAAGAUCAUUCGGAUCAAUCGCCAUUUUUGGUUUGAAAUAAGAAACUCAUGUUUUGAUAUGGAAGAAAAAAUGAACAGUGGUGAUGUUGUUAUACAGAUGGACUUCUCAUCCACCAAUCAUAAAGUUAUCAUAGCGGGUCUAAGAUGUUAUGUUUCCGAUGCACAAUAUCAGAUUAACAAGCAUGUUCAGGAAUUACAACAUAAACUCGAGAAAGAGGCUAACACAGUCACUGAUCACAUUGCUUGUGUUAAUGAGGGCAAGUUCGAGCUUUUCCAACGAUUUGCCUUUAACUCAAUGAAACAACAAUUUGAUAGCGAUCCAAUAAUUUCCCUCGAUACGGCCAACAAACGGAUUAUCAUGAAGGGUGACAAAGUCUCAAUAAAUGUCGCAAAGGUGACUAUCAUGGAGUUUUUGAAUAAGAUAGAUUGCAAUAUUGUUGAGGUUUCAGCAGUUAUUUUAGAAAUGUUAGAAGACAAAAAUGCAUUCGAUCAUUUCGUACAAUUGAUGCAAAAGAACAAACUGAAGGCAGCAAUUAAUUUUGAUGGUGAUAGUGUUACUAUUUCUGGAAUGACUAGUGGCGAAAUAAAAACCGUCAAAAAAAUGUUGGACGAUGCGUUCAUUGAAAAUGAAAUAGUGAUAAAAAGUAAUAGUAGAUUUUUGGAGGGGGAUAAAUACAAACAAUUCGCCACCAGUUUGCAGCAGGAAUAUAUGGUCAAACAGAAAUGUGAGGGAAAAAUACUGAGAGUAGUUGGUGUGAAGGACCAUGUUAUACCAGUCUGUCAAAAGCUUGAACAAUUCAUAGAAAGAAAUGUAAAAAUGAAAUGUGUGUUUUCAACUGAGCCAGCCGUAUUGAGCUACAUGAUUAAGUAUCAGCCUCAUCGUCAAAUUGCUGAAUCUCUUCGUGAACACCAUGUUAGUAUACUUUCACAAGAAAAUAAGAUUAUCAUUCAAGGGACUUCACAGGGUCUGAAACUUGCACACGAGAAGCUUACUGAGCUAUCAACCAGUAUUAAAAGAAUGGCUAAGUGUGCAACAUUUACUAAGAAAGGAGAGUGCAAGCUAUUUUUUUACGAUAAUGGUGAAGUACUAUUGAAACCAAUUGGAGAAGAGAAAGAGUGUGUGUAUAGUGUUGCGACAGAGGGGGCACUUACAAAGGCUACCGUCUUGAAACCUCCAGGUGUUCCUUCGUCUUCGCCUCCAGGAUCCAAUGAUUUGCUAACUCUGGAAAGAACAUCUGUUAAAAUAGUCACUGGAAGUAUAGCUGAUAAGAAGGCAGACUAUAUUGUACUUCCAUGCAGUAGCGACUUGAAUCUCCGUACUGGUGUUGCUAAAGCUGUCUUCGAGAAGGCAGGAACCGUGCUACAAUAUGAAUGCAAGAAAGUAAAACAAGUCAAGGAUGGGGAUAUUGCAGUUAUUAACCCAGGAAAGUUUCCAUGCAAACAAAUCAUAUUGGCAGUAGUUGGUGUAUGGGAUAGUGGAACAGGAGAAUCACGACUGAGGGCAGUUAUAUCAAAGUGUUUGAAUGCUGCGAGUAAAUGUGUUUCUAUCGCCAUUCCUGCUAUCGGUACUGGUUACAUGGGAUUUCCAAAAGAUGAAGUGGCUUUCAUAUUUUUUGACGAGGUUAUCAAAUUUAGCAAAAAUCAUCCAGGAUGUAAUCUUCAGGAGAUAACAUUUGUUGUAUAUGACAAGAACACGACAGACGCUUUCUUUAAACGACUUCGCGAUCAUCAGAAGCUGUUUGCAUUGCGUUCAACUUAUGGCAAAACUUCGGUUGCAGCUUCAUUAUCCAAUCAAAGAAUUGUGGGUCACAUAUCGGUUGAAAUUGAGCAAGGUGAUUUGACAAAGGAAAAUUGUGAUGCCAUUCUCCAUCCGGUCAGUUCAAAUUUAUCAUUUGGUAUUAUUGGUCAAACCAUUGUGAAAGAUGGUGGUAAAAGUGUAGCAGACCAGUAUAGUCGGUACAAAAGUGGUCUGAAAAGUGGCCCAAUAACAACUGAUGCAGGAAAGCUUCGAUGUGCCAAAAUCAUUCACUUUAUAUGCCCUAAUUCACAAGGACUCAAAUAUGCUAUAGAGAGCUGUUUAGCGGAAGCAGACAACAAAGGAUUGACGUCGGUGUCGCUGCCAGCUGUUGGAACAGGUGGCUUUGGCAUAUCUGCAACAGAUUCUGCAUGUGCAAUAAUUGGCGCAAUAUCUGGAUUCAAACCAACAACAUUGACAUCUAUACGUAUUGUAAUAUUCCAGACGGCAAUGUUACGUACCUACAUCACAGAACUCAAUAGGUUUCCUUCAGCCUCUGGAGCCACUGGUAAUGCUAUGAACGUCUCAGCAUUAAAUGAAUUUACGAUUGACAACAAGGUUAUUAUUUCCGUCCAUCAUGGCGAUAUUAUUGAAUGUUCUUCACAUGCAAUUGUUAACACGGUGGCUAAUGACGGUGAUGGAGGAAACUUGUCUUGCCAGAAGAUACUUCACACUGUAACACCAAAUUUAAAUAACAUGAAAAGGUCAGUGAUUGACUUAUUGCAGCUUGCCGAAAACAAUCAAGUAACAUCGAUUGCAUUACCUGCAAUGGGAACAGGGUACUUCAAAAUACCACCAAAUGCUGCAGCUCGAAACAUGACAGAUGCUGUACUUGAUUUUGUGAAGCUUAAUAACCCACAGUCGAUAAGAGAGAUCCGGUUCAUUGUUUUUGAGAAAAGCAUGGUCCCAUCUUUUCUAACAGAGUUAAAAUUAAAGCUAGAUGCAACAACUACAUAUAAGGACGAAGCCCUUGAUAUUGGACAAUGGGGACCGUUUCCUCACAAGGAGAAUAUUCUUAAGGUUAAUGCUGCAGUAGUAAAAGUGCAUGUUUAUGCUGGGAGUGACAAAGAUGUUGAGAUUGGCCUGAAAUCGGUUAUAGAUUUUGUAGAUAAACAGAUGAAAUAUGAUGUUUAUAAACAGGAUUCCUUAACAGAUUAUAAUUACCAUCGGUUGAAAAAGAUCCAAGACAAAGCUGAGUGUUUAUGUUUAGACAUACAUAUUGAUAAACAGUUAAGUACAAUAUCCAUGGAAGGGCUGAAGAGGGACAUACAGGCGUUUCGUGACGAAUUGGAUAAUAUGAAGAAAGUCUCCGAUAUAGAGAAAUUGUGUGGGGCACAAGUCAAAUGGUACUAUAUCGACAGUAGAAAUUGUGAUCAUCAAUUUGAUGACAUGGAGAGUACUUUGAUUGAGACUGCACUGAACGAGAAGAAAACAAGCGUCUAUAUCCCAAAUGAAUUCGAACCACAGUAUCACGUUGACUUACAGGCGGAGCAAUGUACAAACAUUCAGACAGCGGAAACCUGGAAGAUUAAAAGAGAAUCUAGUACAGGUAUUGCGUUUCCAAAACAUUGGACAGAAAUGCCGAAAGACCUUCGCGUUGAUAAACCUCAUUUGGUGCCGUUAAGUUCAUCUACACAAGAAUACAAAGAUGUUGAAACAAGGUUUCGUAAUUCAACAGCUAAAAAGCUUAAAAGUGUGGACAAUAUUCAACGUAUACAAAAUCGUCAAUUAUACGAGCAAUACUCCAUCAAGAAAAGAACAUUUGAAGAUAAAAAUAAGUUAAUACAGAAUGAAUGGACACUAUAUCAUGGUACCAGGGCGGACUCUGUGAUCAGCAUUGCGCAUGAUGGCUUUAACAGAUCCUAUGCUGGAGAUGCAGCUGGGACUUGGUAUGGGAAGGGCUGUUACUUUGCCAUCAACUCAGAAUACUCUAUGCAAGACAGAUAUUCUCCGAAAGAUAGCAAUGGUCAGAAGUGGAUGUUCGAAGCUCGAGUUCUUGUUGGCGAAUACACCCAAGGUUCCAAAGAACUACGGGCACCACCACCAAAAGGAUCUAACCAAGCUGAUCGUUAUGAUUCGGUGACUGAUAAUGUUAACAACCCACAAGCGUUUACUGUUUUCUAUGAUUACCAGGCAUAUCCGGACUAUAUAAUCACAUUCACAGUCGCAUAA